CUACAACAGAAUGUUAUGCCAGUUGCCACAUUCGGUUUGGCGAAUUCACUCGAUUGUCAAGUGAUAGAACGAGCGGUCAGAAAUGGGUUGAUCGACGUGUCUUUUUUGAAGUAUAAAAUUUCUCAGGACCACGAGAGUAUUUGGAAAAACAUGAAUCUGUUGUACUAUUUGUCUGUGUUGUUGCUCGUGGCACUCGUGUCGAGCGUACGCCAUUACAACAAACGGCGUUUGAAACAGUUGAGGUCUGAAGUCAAAGAAAUGUUUGAGCACGCUUAUUAUGGUUACAUGCACAACGCUUACCCUUAUGACGAAUUGCGGCCGUUGACAUGCGACGGAGUGGACACUUGGGGAAGCUAUUCUUUGUCUUUGAUCGAUUCCUUGGACACUUUGAUCGUAAUGGGCCUGCACGAAGAAUUCAACAAGGCGGUCGAUCGUCUAAGGUUAAAUAUAUCGUUUGACGCCGACAUUAAUGUUUCCGUUUUCGAAACAAACAUCAGAGUCGUUGGAGGACUACUUAGUGCUCAUAUGCUAUCGCACAGAGCCUCGUCGGACUUAGAAAUGGGAUGGCCGUGUAAUGGCCCUUUAUUGCGUAUGGCAGAGGACGUAGCCAGAAGGUUGUUGCCAGCGUUUAAUACGCCGACCGGGAUGCCAUACGGUACUGUGAAUUUACGAUUUGGCGUACCAGAGGGCGAAACAACGGUGACUUGUACGGCUGGUGUUGGGACGUUUAUUCUGGAGUUUGGCACACUAACACGCCUCACAGGCGAUCCCGUAUUCGAAGAGGUCGCUCUGAAGGCGCUCCAUUCGUUGUUCCAUCAUAAAUCCAAAAUAGGAUUGAUGGGCAAUCAUUUGGACGUGGCCACCGGACAGUGGAUUGCGCACGAUUCGGGCAUCGGAGGCGGUAUAGAUUCCUAUUUUGAAUAUUUAGUCAAGGGUUCGCUGCUGUUCAACAUGCCCCAUCUGAGGAGCAUGUUCGACGAACUGCGCAAACCGAUCGAUGAGUAUGCGCUGACCAAAGGCGGCUGGUACUUUUGGGUUAGCAUGAACAAGGGUCAAGUGACGAUGCCGGUUUACCAGUCGCUUGAGUCGUAUUGGCCGGGGUUGUUGAGUCUCAUCGGCGACAUAGACACUGCAAUGAAGGCCAUGACAAAUUACCACGAUGUGCUGAAAGUAUACGGUUUCACGCCCGAAGUGUACAACGUACUCAAUCAAGACGCUGUUCGAGACUCGUUUCCACUGCGUCCUGAGCUCGUCGAAUCGGCCAUGUAUUUAUACAAAGCCACUCAGGGCGAUCCGUAUUUGCUGGACAUUGGCAGCGACCUAUUGCAAUCGAUUCAGCACACCAGUCGUACGCGUUGCGGCUACGCUACGAUAAAAAGUUGCAAACAGCACACACUCCAAAACAGAAUGGAAUCGUUUUUCCUUGCAGAAACCACCAAGUACCUGUACUUGCUAUUCGACCCCGACAAUUUCUUACACAACGAUGGCAGUCACGGAAAAGUAUGGAUGACCGCCACAGGCCGUGAGUGUAUGAUCGAUGCUGGCGGGUUCAUAUUUAACACAGAAGCCCACCCCAUCGAUCCCGGACUGCUGCACUGUUGUUACACACCGACCAACACUCGGCUACACGAAAAGCUCAGCAAGGAAUACGUGCCACCAGCGUACGCUUUUGAAGAAGACAAAACCGAAAGCGUCCACACAGGUGACGUCGAAUACAUGACCGAUAGUCAUGAAUAUUCCCAACAGCAACAUCAAGACCAUCAACCCGAGUUCAAAAGCGAUCAUCCAGAACCUUUGUCGAGCAGUCCUCCGACAAAGUUAUCAUCUCUGUACGAGACCGACGACCAACAGCAACGAGGAAACGACGUACAGACCACACCGAGCACAUUGGUUACGGGCACCGUAGAAAAAAUUGAUCGUGACCAUGACAACGAUGAAGAUGACGACAAAGAUGAUGUACAACAAUACACUCAUGUGCCGACGACCAAAGACUUCUACUAUCGUCACGACGACUCGGACGACGAAGACGACGAACCGAGCUGGCAGUUGAAACAACAACAAUGGAUGUCGUCGUUGCAAAAGCAGUUCAACGGCACCAAUUAUCAAACGUUAACGUGUCGAAUGACAAACAACUACUAUACCGCAUUUCGUUGGUGACUCGACAAUAAUAAUUGCAAAAUUGUGUAUACCGAAAAAGAUUUUUGUUUUAACAAUUAGAAAAUCAUUUAAAUAUGUUAGAAAAAAACUUUUAAAAAAUAAAUGCUCAUAAAAGUAUUUUGAAAAAAUAAAAAAUUGGUCUUCUAGCCCUCGUAGAGAAUUAUGUGUUAUACUAUAUAACAAAAAAAACUUGUUAAAAUCGUUUCGGUAAACAAAAAAAAAUUUGACGCUUUCGUUCCCCUCGAGAAACUUUGUCAUAAAUAAUAAUUUGUCAAUUUUUUUUUAUCAAUUAUCAAUGAUAAAUAAAUUUAUCUUGAACAACCUUUUUUUUUGACUUUGCCAAAAUAAUAUUAUAAUAUGAUAUUUAUUCAUCGCUUCGCUUUAGAAAAAAAAUCAUUCCAAUAAUGACCGACUAAGUCUGUGUCAAAAAUGUUAACAGUUGUUGUAUUUUUUAACUAGAAAAAUUGUAAAAAUUAAAGUUUAAUUUCAGUUCAGA